CACAGCCCAGUGCGGGGGUCCCUCCUGUCCUUCCGCUGGUGGAGGCGGAUCGCCCCCCCCCAGCCCCAGCUCUGCAGGGCGGGGGGUGCGGGGUGAGAACCCCCCCGCCCCCGCCACGGGGUGAUACCGGGCGGGGGAUCAUUACCGGGUAGUUGGUUAUUACCGGGCGGGAGAGCUCCCGUCCGUGGGGCCGGACAGGCGCGUCCCCCCCAUGCGGGCAGGAGCCGGCGCUGGGCCAUGAGCAACGCCACGGCCCCCACGGCCCCGGGCGCGGCGGGGGACUCGCUGGUGGGCUCCGUGCUGGGGCCCUUCCUCCUCCUCACCCUCCUCGGCGCCCUCCUGGCCGCGGUGAUGUACGUCAAGAAGAAGCGCAGGUCCGACCGGCUGCGGCACCGGCUGCUGCCCAUGUACAGCUACGACCCGGCUGAGGAGCCGCCCGAGUCGGAGCAGGAGCUGCUGGUGGAGGCUGAGGAGGCUCAGGUGGUGCCCAGCUGGGGGGGUUCCUCACCCCCUUGGCCCCCGCGCAGGGACUGGAGGGCCUGACUCUGCCUGGAGCUCCAGGACAGGAUCCUGGCUGCGGGAGGGAAGAGAGGACAGGGGCAGCACUGGUUCCAUCAGCCAGAACGGGCAGGACGUGCCCAUGGUGGUGCCACCACUGGGAUGGGACAUCUCCUACCUCAGUGCCUGGUUUUGCCUUUUUCUUUUUAUUUUUUUUUUUUUUGCUUGAACUGCUCCAGCAGCCCCUUGGAAAGCCCAGGAGGGUCCAGUGGGGCUGGCAGGGAGCAGCAGGCUCUGCUGGCACGGGAUGCCUGGGGGAAGAUGGGGUAAAUAAAUGUGUCUCUGCCUUGGC